CGUAGCCCUCAAUUGAAAUAAAAUUGAGGUUCUCCUUGGAUUCUAUCAAUAUAACAAAUAUAAGACAUUUAUUUGGUGCGACCGCACUUAUUUACGUAUUUUCCUCUUGGGCGUCACUGCCUCGACACUUCUUCUCCUCAAAAGCCUGUUCUCCAGUUCCUCCGCAAUCCGUACAUUCCUAUCCUCCGUUUCCUCUGCAGCUCUGCAAAAUACUGCUUUAUCCACAUGCCCCGUCAUACUUCAACAAAGCAUGAUUCCACUAGUUCUCAGAUCUAUUCUACUCAAUACUCUUCUGUACAGUAUCUAUCUGAUUCUAGUCAGUCUGCAGGUCAUUCGCCGCAGUCUCCAACAGCACCCUCUUCCCUUUCUCAGUCCUCCCAAUCUUCUGGGACGGCUAAUGGAAAGAAAAAGCACGUCUGUUCGACGUGCGACCGUGGCUUUACUACCAGUGGCCACCUUGCACGACACCUUCGCGUUCACACAGGUGAACGCAAUCACAAGUGUCCCUUUCCUGGGUGCGAAACACGUUGUUCUAGGCAAGACAACUUACAGCAACAUUACCGCAUUCAUCUCUCUCCUGGCUCACGACGGAGCUCAAGCUCCGCAACGCGUGCUGCGAUUGCCCGUGCCGUGGGCAUCAGCGGUUCUGGCACAAAAAAUAGCCGGACCGCAUCCUCAUUGAUUUCCUCUGAACGCAAUUCGUCGGACACUCCCUCUCCUCCACCGGCACUCGAACAUGCAAUCCCCCCAGCGCCCGACUCACCCCCACCUUUAGUGCAAGCAUUUUCUGUACCGCCAUAUUCCGAUAGCAUGCAUUCUGGAAGUGUAUCCAGUAGAUCGCCAACACCCCCCGAGAACUCCUUCCCAUCAAUGAUCGGUCAACAUUCCCAGUCAAUGUCCAACGGUCAAGUCGCAUCGCACUCGUCGCCAAUCCAGUCGCAUUACAGUGACAGCACGCCAAGCUAUGAUGAGUCCUCGCAAGCUAAUUACGGCUACGUCUCAGCGGCUGUUUCGCAGCCUUCCAGUGGCCAUGCUGUGCAUGACCACUCAUACGACUAUUCUCAGGCAUACGGAGAGAAGCCAUCCAUGUCGCGUAUUCAUUCUUCCUCGCUUCAUCAAUCACCCAUGGAAAAUGUUCAUGAUGGCUCUCCGCAGUCAUCCGCCCACCUUUCGUCUGUAUCAUCUCGUCUCUCGAUUUCACACAUCUCGCAUCCACACUCUUAUCCUACACACUACCAGGCAGUCAGCACGCCAUCACCGGAAUCUCCGCACUCUGUCUCUCCGCACUCUCAGCUAUCUUCGCCCAACUACUCGACCUACCGGGAUGACUCGCACGAGGUUGCCUCAUACCAAAAUGGUUCUGGGAUAUUGGAUCCUGUCUCCGAUCAUUCAAGCAUAUCCGGUAGCUAUAUGAACACACAAAACAAUGUCGUUCAUGGAUCAUAUAGUCACACUCUCAUGUCGCAUCAUUCGAGUAUACCAAGAUAUGACUCGCCGCCACCAGUCCUAGCGCCGAUUCAGGACGAGAGGGUGCUUCGCGGGGAUAUUCGGAUCCCUCAAAUGCACCAUUCAAUAACACCGCCCGCCUCGCUGUCAUACAUGCAUCAUUCCCAAGUGCAGAGUUCAUAUCCUUAUCAUGCUCCGCACGUCGGUUUGGGCCAAGGCGCUUGGAAGGCGGAUAACGCUCUGCGAGCGCGCCCCUCAACGGGCUAUGUAUAACACCGAGACCCCCUUGUUUCACGUUUGCUGUUGUGAAUCUCGUAUUUUAUAGCUGUCUCGUAACGGAUUUUUUCCCCCGUCGAUGUCUCUGUUUUGUGUACGGAUUACUAUCGUGCAUUUCCUGUCAUCUUUACAGCAGUUGUUACGCUGCUUGGUACUACAUCGCUACUGCACACAUACCAUAUACCUGCGUAUCUAGCCUGCAUAUACAUACUUUGUACAUUAUGUUGUUCAUAAGAAUUGCAUCGUGGAUUCCGAGCCGAUCUGACGUGGCAGUACUACGGC